AUGCUCUUCUUAAAGUGUUUUGGCAUUGUAAAAUGGGAAGAUGACACCCCUCAAUAAUAAAAUUAGUUAUAGCAAUAAGAAGUACAAAAUUCAUUUAUUGUCUCAAACUCUAAUCAAGGGAAAAAGGAGAAUGAUAAAACCAAAAAGAAUAAAUCAAGUAAGCAAAAAAAAUAGGAAAAGGCUCUGAAAAGUUUAUAAGAAAAGAAGUAAGAGGAGGUGAAGAAGAAAUAGGAUGAACCAAAGCAAGUUGUCACUUAAUAACAAAUUGAGUUUCACAGAAUGGAAAUGCAACGACUAUAGGACUUAAAAAGAAUAGAGGAAACUCUGCGUCAAGAAUAGAAAAAAGAAAUAGAAAGAUAAGUUUAAAUAAAACUGGAAGAAUUGACCAAUAAAUUGUAAAACAAAUAACCUGUCAAUAAAUUGUAAAAUAACUAACCUGUUAAAAAGCAGCAAUAAAAAAAGAGUAAAAGGUGA